AUGUCUACUGCUGAGCUCGCCUCCUCCUACGCGGCCCUGAUCCUCGCCGACGAUGGCGUUGAGAUCUCCGCCGACAAGCUCCAGGCCCUGAUCAAGGCUGCUGGCGUCGAAGGCGUCGAGCCCAUCUGGACCUCCAUCUUCGCCAAGGCUCUGGAGGGCAAGGACGUCAAGGACCUGCUCGUGAACGUUGGCUCUGGCGGCGGCGCUGCCGCCCCCGCUGCCGGUGGUGCUGCUGCCGCCGGCGGUGACGCCGCUGCCCCCGCUGAGGAGGAGAAGGUCGAGGAGAAGGAAGAGUCCGACGAGGACAUGGGUUUCGGUCUCUUCGACUAA